AUGAUAAAACUGAUCUGUAACUUCCGCGGCUCAGUGACUCAGGGUUUGGCUCUGGAGGUCGGAGAGACGGUUCAGAUCCUGGAGAAAUGUGAAGGAUGGUACCGAGGCUUUUCUACCAGGAGGCCAAAUAUCAAGGGAGUUUUCCCGGCCAGCUACGUCCACUUGAAGAAAGCCAUCGUCACAAGCCGAGGACCACAUGAGACUGUGAUUCCUCUCGAAGACCCCGUCGUUACCGAGGUGACGUCAACGCUACAAGAAUGGGCCUUACUAUGGAAGCAGCUCUAUGUGAAACACAAAGUGGAUCUGUUCUACAAGGUCCGUCACGUGAUGAUGGAGCUGAUCGACCUGAGGCGGCAGCUCCUGUCGGGUCACCUGACACAAGACCAGAGCCGAGACGUCAAGAGACACAUCACUGUCAGACUGGACUGGGGCAACGAACACAUGGGUCUGGACUUGGUGCCCAGAAAGGAGUUUGACAUGGUGGAUGAAGACCAGAUAAGCGUCUCAGAUCUUUAUAAGAUGCAUCUGUCCAGCAGACACAGCGUACAGCAGAGCACCACACAGGGUGACAGUACGCGGCAGAGACACGGGGAGCCGUGUAGAGUUCCAGUUCCACACCACCUACUGGUCAACCUGAAGAGCUUCACCUACAACAGCAUCGGAGAAGACACGGACAUAUUCUUCUCUCUGAACGACCUGAGAGAGGGAAAGACCAUCAGUGAGAAGUUCAUGGUUAGACUGAACAAGAACGGAGGACCCAAGAAUCCAGAGAAGGUGGACCGGCUGUGUGCUCUCUUCACGGACCUGAGCAACAAAGACAUGAAGAGAGAUCUCUACAUCGUCUCACAGGUCAUCAGAACAGGUCGUAUGCUGUUGAACGACAGUAAGAAAGGACCUCCGCAUGUUCAGUACCGGCGGCCGUACGGCUGUGCUGUCCUGGCCAUGAGCGACGUGCUGCAGACCAUCUCAGAGCUCAAAGAGGAGAAAGACUUUGUCCUGAAAGUCUACACGUGCAACAAUGAGAACGAGUGGUACCAGAUCCAUGAGAACAUCAUCCGCAAGUCCAGCACCAAAUACACGGCUCCCAGCACCAACUACGGUCUGAUCAUCUCUCUGCAGCUGCUGCGGGGCGACAUGGAGCAGGUCCGCAGGGAGAACCCGCUCAUUUUCAGCAGGGGGGUGGCCAUCACACGAAAACUGGGCUUUCCUGAUGUCAUCAUGCCAGGUGACAUCCGUAACGACUUGUAUCUGACGCUGGAGCGAGGAGACUUUGAGAGAGGAGGGAAGAGCGUUCAGAAAAACAUUGAAGUCACAGUUUAUGUGCUCUACGCCGAUGGAGAGAUCCUUAAGGACUGCAUCAGUCUGGGUUCAGGUGAGCCCAACAUGCCAGAGCACCGCUCCUUCGUUCUCUACCAUAACAACAGCCCUCGAUGGAGUGAGGUGAUCAAACUACCGAUUCCCAUCGACCGUUUCAGAGGCUCCCAUCUGCGCUUUGAGUUCAGACACUGCUCCACAAAGGACAAAGGAGAGAAGAAGCUGUUUGGCUUUUCCUUCACUCCUCUGAUGAGGGAGGAUGGAACCACUCUUUCAGAUGAAAGUCAUGAACUCUACGUUUAUAAGUGUGAUGAGAACACAACCUUCAGUAACCACGCGCUCUACCUGGGCCUGCCCUGCUGUAAAGAAGACUUCAACAGCUGUCCCAACAUCCCCUCCAGCCUCAUCUUCCAGCGCAGCACCAAGGAGAACUUCUGGAUCUCCACGCAGCUCUCCUCCACCAAGCUCACCCAGAACGUGGACCUGCUGGCUCUGCUUAAGUGGGAAAGCCCAUCCUGACCGGGGUCAUGGACAUCCUCGGGCCGGCUACGCCACGUCAGCGGAGAAGAGAUCGUUAAGUUUCUUCAAGACAUCUUGGACACUUUGUUCUCCAUCUUGGAUGACAACACAGACAAAUAUGGACCGCUGGUGUUUCAGUCAUUGGUGUUCAUUAUAAACCUACUCAGGGACAGUAAAUACUACCACUUCAGGCCCGGUUGGGACACGUACAUCCAGAAGCACUUUGCUGGUGCUCUGGCCUACAAAGAGCUGAUCCGCUGUCUGAAGUGGUACAUGGACCGCUCUGCCGAGGUGGUCAGACAGGACCACAUACAGGAGGCCAUGAGGGCUCUAGAAUAUCUCUUUAAGUUUAUCGUCCAGUCUCGUAUCCUUUACUCUCGGGCCACCUGCGGUAUGGAGGAGGAACAGUUUCGCACCAGCAUCCAGGAACUCUUCCAGUCGAUCCGCUUCGUCCUCAGCCUGGACAGCCGCAACUCAGAGACCCUCAUCUUCACACAGGGCUCGCAGCCUUGUCUGGGCCCAAAUCAAGCCCCGGCAGGCCCUGGUGCUGGGCCUACAGCUACUUUAGCUCUAGUCCCGGGCCAAGCCCAGUCCCCCGCCCCAGGACAGGUUCCUGGCAGCGGGCAAAUCAACUGCACUCAGGCCUGGAGCUCCAACGCUCUGCGGCCAUCUCCACUGUCAGCCGCUCUGUUAAACUCUUUCCCGGCCAUCUUCGAUGAGCUGCUGCAGAUGUUUACAGUGCAGGAAGUGGCGGAGUUUGUGCGCGGCACUCUGGGCAGCAUGCCGUCCACGGUGCACAUCGGACAGUCCAUGGAUGUGGUCAAACUUCAGUCCAUCGCCCGAACCGUGGACAGCAGGCUCUUCUCUUUCCCAGAGUCUCGGAGGAUCCUGCUUCCUGUUGUCCUGCAUCACAUCCAUCUCCACCUGAGGCAACAGAAGGAGCUGCUAAUCUGCUCUGGAAUACUCAGCUCUAUAUUCUCUAUUAUCAAGACCGGCUCACUGGACACGUCCGUGCAGGAGGAAGUGGAGAUGAUGGUAGAGUCCCUGUUGGACGUCCUGCUGCAGACCCUGCUGUCAAUCAUGAGCAAGAGCCAAUCGCAGGAGGCGGUAAGGGGUCAACGCUGUCCGCAGUGCACCGCGGAGAUCACUGGAGAGUACGUGUCCUGCCUCCUUUCCCUCCUCCGCCAGAUGACCGAUAUCCACUUCCAACACCUGAUGGAAAACUUUCAGAGCAAGGAGGAGCUCAAGGAGUUCUUGUUGAAGAUUUUGUGUGUGUUUAGGAAUCUGAUGAAGCUCAGUAUUUUCCCUCGUGACUGGAACGUCAUGAGGCUCCUUACCAGCAACAUCAUCCUGACCACAGCUCAGUACCUCUCUCCUGCUCUACACAAGAACUUCAUAGAAGCCGACUUUGACUUUAAGGUGUGGAACUCCUACUUCAGUCUUGCAGUGUUAUACAUCAACCAGCCCAGUUUACAGCUGGAAAACCUGAGUCCUGCAAAGAGGAAGAAGGUCUUGGACAAGUAUGGUGACAUGAGGGUGAUGAUGACAUAUGAACUCUUCAGCAUGUGGCAGAACCUGGGUGAGAAUAAGAUUCAUUUCAUUCCCGGGAUGAUCGGUCCGUUUCUGGGAGUGACGCUGGUCCCUCAGGUGGAAGUACGGAACAUCAUGAUCCCAAUCUUCCACGACAUGAUGGACUGGGAGCAACGCAAGAAUGGAAACUUCAAACAGGUGGAGGCUGAGCUGAUUGAUAAGCUGGACAGUUUGGUUUCUGAAGGAAAAGGUGACGAGAACUACAGAGAGCUCUUCGGUUUGCUAACCCAGCUGUUUGGGCCCUACCCCAGCUUGUUGGAGAAGAUUGAACAGGAGACGUGGAGAGAGACGGGGAUCUCCUUCGUUACCUCGGUUACACGGCUGAUGGAACGACUGCUGGACUACCGGGACUGUAUGAAGGGAGAUGAGACAGAGAACAAGAAGAUUGGCUGCACUGUAAACCUCCUGAACUUCUACAAAUCAGAGAUCAACAAGGAAGAGAUGUACAUCCGCUACAUCCACAAGCUGUGUGAUAUGCAUCUACAGGCAGAGAACUACACUGAGGCUGCCUUCACUCUGCUGUUAUACUGGGAGCUGCUGCACUGGGAUGAGCGGCCGCUAAAAGAGUUCCUGCAUUAUCCCGCUCAGACAGAGUGGCAUCGCAAGGAAGGGCUCUGCCGCAAAGUCAUCCACUACUUUAACAAAGGCAAGUGUUGGGAGUAUGGUAUUCCUCUGUGCAGGGAGCUGGCCUUUCAGUAUGAAUCUCUAUAUGACUACCAGAGUCUCAGCUGGAUUCGGAAAAUGGAAGCAGCGUAUUAUGACAACAUCAUGGAGCAGCAGCGUCUGGAGCCGGAGUUUUUCAGGGUCGGGUUUUAUGGCAGGAAGUUCCCCUUCUUCCUCAGAAAUAAAGAGUUUGUCUGUCGCGGCCACGACUAUGAAAGACUCGAGGCCUUCCAGCAAAGGAUGCUGGGUGAAUUCCCACAGGCAAUUGCGAUGCAGCACCCCAAUCAGCCAGAUGAAGCCAUUCUGCAGUGUGACGCACAGUACCUCCAGAUUUACGCAGUAACGCCAGUACCAGACAGCGUCACCGUCCUCCAGAUGGACAGAGUCCCCGACCGCAUCAAGAGCUUCUACCGUGUCAACAACGUCCGCCGUUUCCGUUACGACCGGCCUUUCCACAAAGGACCUAAAGACCGAGACAAUGAGUUCAAGAGUCUUUGGAUCGAGAGGACGACUCUGAUCCUCACUCACCCUCUGCCUGGUAUCUCUCGCUGGUUUGAGGUGGAGAAGAGAGAACUGGUCGAGGUGAGUCCGUUAGAAAACGCCAUCGCUGUGGUGGAGAAUAAGAACCAAGAGCUGCGGACUCUGAUCAGCCAGUACCAACACAAGCAGCUGCACGGCAACAUCAACCUGCUCAGCAUGACGCUGAACGGAGUCAUCGAUGCUGCUGUUAACGGAGGCAUCGCCAGAUACCAAGAGGCUUUCUUUGACAAGGAGUACAUCACCAGCCAUCCUGAAGACACUGAGAAGAUCACACAGCUCAAAGAUCUCAUGCAGGAGCAGGUUCACAUCCUAGGAGUCGGCCUGGCCGUGCACGAGAAGCUGGUGCACCCAGAAAUGCGUCCCCUGCACAAGAAGCUGAUAGAUCAGUUCCAGAUGAUGAGGAGCAGCCUCUGCCACGGUUUCUAUGUGGCGUUGCAGGGUUUGCCUGGUUUAGACAAAGUUGGUUCAGGACGGAUCCUCGCCUCUCACAGCCCCAUGAGCCCCGAGAGCUUCAAACUCAUGCACCGGCACAGUCCCAUAGCCGUUUUGACUCCAGUGCGCAACUCCUCCUCCUCUCUCUCCUCUCACAACUCCAGUGAGACGGGUAACGUUGGCAGUCUGCUCAUCCUGGCCGACGGCAUGGUGGUGGAGCACCCAGAGGACUUCUACCGCAUGCAGGCAAGCCCCUCCUCCUCCAGCCUGAGCUCCACCCACUCAGCGCCCUCUCAGAUGAUAAACUCCGCCCCCUCCACCAUCAGAGUCGGUUCUCCUUCUCUGCCAGACAAAUACAGACACAACAGAGAGAUGCUGAUGCUGCUGCCGCCACACAGAGAGAGACCGAGCAGCGCCAUGUACACCAACAUCACAGAGAAUGGACAGCCAGCAAACUUGCAGCGAGCGUUGUUCCAUCAGGUGAUCGGUCCGUGUAAACCCUGCAGUGACCCCAACCUGUCUGUGGCAGAGAAAGUCCUCACCACCCCCAGUAGUUGGAGUUUGGACAGUGGCACCAGAGACGCCCUCCCCUUCCUCUCCGCUCACGUCGGCAGCGUCAUGGCGCCUCCUGUCCCCCCUCGCAACCAGCCGCAUGGGCAACACCUGUCGAUGCACUUUGACGCUUUCCACCACCAGGUCAGCGACCUUCCUCCAGCCCUCCCUGCGCGCUCCUUAAGAAAGUCCCCCCUGCACCCUAUACCUGCCUCGCCCACCAGUCCACAGUCCAUCCUGGAUGGCAGUAACUCCACCUUGUCAGGCAGCGCCAGCUCUGGAGUCUCCUCCCUCAGUGAGAGUAACUUCGGCGGCCCCGCCUCCUCCUCCGACCCCCCCACCAGCCGCACCGACACCCUGGAGUCCGUCCCCAGCAGCCAGGCCUGGACUACUGACCAGGAAGACCUCGACUCACCUUACCAGCCCGUCAGGUACAGCGUCUCCGAGCCCGAAGUCCUGGAUGGAGUCAAACCCCCACCCUGCCGCAGCCACUCCGCUCCGGGAGGCGUCGCCCCGGCCCAGGCGGCGGGGCAAAUCCAGCCCCAGGCUCUGGUGUCGGCCUCCGCUGGAGCACCAGCACACCUGCAGCAGCAGGACGGCAUGACGCUCCCCCAACACAUCUACUAUCACCACCACUUCCACCCACACUACCUCCCCCACCACCCGCCUCUUUACCACCUCCAUGAGCCUCCAGCCCUGCCCCCCAAACCUUACCUCAGAGAGGGCUGCAUCCCUGAAGAGGACCUGAACACCCAGGCUGCCCCUGCACAGGCCCCCGCACCCCGACCAAUGCCACGCAAGAUCUCCCAGCCAAUAAUCGCAGCUACUAAGGACGAGCAAGCUAAGGUGGCAUGGGGACACGGAGUCACUGAGGAGUGA